CCGGGACUGGCUUCAAUGACACGAAUGCACUGACCGCUCGAUGUGUGUGUCGGUAACGGCCUCCUCCAUCAGCAUCUGAGCACCAGCAUGGCAUCUGCGAGCUACACCUGCAUCCAGGACAGCGCCACAGAGAAGGACAGGCUGCUGUCCUCCAUGGCCAGCUAUGGGUCCCAGGAUGUUCUCGGGGUUGGGAGCCCCCAUCCCACUGGUCUGGUGUGCUCUGACCUCCACCAGCAGCAGGAGGAAGAGGAGGGGGAAGCCCUUAGGAGGAAACUCAAGUACUUCUUCAUGAGCCCUUGUGACAAGUACCAUGCCAAGGGGCGCAAGCCUUUCAAACUGGGCCUGCAGCUGCUUAAAAUCAUCAUUGUGACUGUGCAGUUGGUGCUGUUUGGACUGAACAACCAGAUGGUCUUGACAUUUAAGGAGGAAAACACAGCAGCAUUCAGACACCUUUUCCUGAAGGGUUACCAGGACAGCACUCCUCAGGCGGUCCACACUCAGAAGGAGCUGUACAGCCACAUAUACUUCGCCAUAGAGCAGUACAUGGCUCUACCCCAGAUCUCACUGGGACGGUACGCGUACGUGUUGGGCGUCGGUGUAAACGGAAGCGCCCUCUCCCUCUGCCAGAGUUACUACAGGAAGAGCACCAUAGACCCCGUCAAUGACACGUUUGACAUCGAUCCCCAUGUUGUCACCGAUUGCAUUGGACUCGAUCCAUUGACUUACGACUCUGGAAACAAUGACUACAAGAAUCUCACACUCAAGUUUUACAAGCUGAUCCGUAUAACAAUUAACUUCCAGCUGAAGGCCAUCAACAUUCAGACCAUUCUAAAGAGUGAAAUCCCUGACUGCUACACCUUUGCUAUCACGAUAGUCAUGGAUAACACGGCGCACAGCGGCAAAAUUAAGAUCAGUCUACAGAACCAGGCGUCCAUAAAGGAGUGUAAAGACCCCAACGUGUCUGGACACGCGGAGAGCUAUGCACGGCAGUUCUUUGAUGUGCUGGUGGCGAUAGUCUGUCUGUUGUCCCUGCUCCUGUGUGGGCGCUCCAUCCUCAGAGGCAUCCUCCUGCAACAUGAGUAUGUGCACUAUUUCAAACACAGACUUGGCCGCAGUGUGAGCUGGGGAGACAGAAUGGAGUUCAUCAACGGCUGGUAUAUUCUGCUCAUUAUCAGUGACGUGCUCACCAUCGUUGGUAGCUUCAUCAAAAUUGGGAUAGAGUCCAAGAAUUUGUCAUCGUAUGAUGUGUGCGGUAUCCUGCUGGGAACCUCCACUCUUCUGGUGUGGGUGGGAGUCAUCCGCUACCUCAGCUUCUUCCAGAAAUACAACAUCUUGAUUGUGACUCUAAGAGCUGCUUUUCCAAAUGUUAUCCGCUUCUGCUGCUGUGCAGCUGCCAUUUACAUGGGAUAUUGCUUCUGUGGAUGGAUUGUCUUGGGGCCCUAUCAUGCCAAGUUUCGCUCCCUGUCCAUGGUGUCAGAGUGCCUGUUUUCUCUGAUCAACGGGGACGACAUGUUUGUCACCUUUGCUGAGAUGGAGCAAAGCGGCACGCUGGUGUGGAUCUUCAGCCAGGUCUACCUUUACACCUUCAUCUCCCUCUUCAUCUACAUGGUGCUGUCCCUCUUCAUCGCACUCAUUACUGGAGCCUACGACACCAUCAUGGCUCAAACACAGGAGCCGGUGCGUGUCCCGGACCUGUACGAGUUCAUCGCAGAGUGCGCGGACACGCCCAGCUCUGGCAAAUUCCGUGGGCCUGAGGGGUCGUCGUGUUCUUUCCUCUGCUGCUGCGAGUGGUGAGGAGGAGGAGGAGGAGGAUCCACAGAGGGAGUAAGCAGUGUGUGCGUGGAUGGGAAAGAAAUUUUUUUUUCUCUCUUUAAAGCACCAAAUUUCCACUCCAGUGACAGCUGACUGCAAUUUCGCUCCUUUUUCCAGACACCCAGCAGGGACGAUGAAUGCCUUGAGAGUGAACUGACUGGCCUUGGACCACAUUGUCCUCUGUGCCCUUGUUUGAAUUUUGCAUUUAAAUUUGUGCUGGAACGGUAGAAUGCACUGCACAGUUACAAGCCCAAUUACCUGCUUCGGCUUUUGUACUGUAUGAAUAAUUUAUUGUCUCUUUCUGAAUGUCAGUUUGUUAGGGCUUUGAUGACUAGAUGCAUAAUGCCAGUAAACUCCUUCAUUGCUGUAGACUGGACACAGGGUCCACCAAGUAAAAUGAAUGGAAAUGUUCACUUGAAUCAUCCACUUUGUACAGGGUUUUUAUUAUUUUACUGUUCACAUGCCUAUGAGACAUUAUUUUUGGGAUUCUUGAUUAUGUAAAUAUAUGUAUGUCAUCUGCAUCUUCAUAGCAGAGGUAGAAUAGACACAAGAGACGGCCAGGCAAGCUGAAAAAAGAGCUAUCAUUAACUGCUGUAUGUAUGCAUUAGCUCCUGUAACAUUUUCAGUCAAAGCUGUUGGUCCAUUCCCGUUUUCAUCCUUCACUCCUCGUCCCCCUUUGUUCAUGUCCUUCUGUGACUGGAAGGAGAUGAUGGCUGCAUGAGGAAGGACAAGCCCUGCAGCCAACCAUUUAGUCAUCAAUAUGUAUGAGCCGUUUCUGCUGUAAAGAGCCAGGUGACUGCACGCUAAUGCACCGCAAGAUAGGGUAUUUUCACCGUUUGGUUUAAAGUGCUCCAUUCAAGGCUGUAAAAUAAUGUUCCUAGAGAAAAUCAGGAUUCAAACAAUGUCAAAUGAUAUUUGACAGAAAAAGUGGGUCGUUGUAGAAAAUGGGCAGAGAGCAGUAAGUACAGAAACAGUGAUGUUGGAAGGGGACAAAAAAAGGUUUGAAGGUUGAAGCCAAGUUGUAAAACCUUAAUAUUAUGCCUUUGUAUGCUGAUUAUUAAUCAGAGUUAUCAUAGACCUUACAUAAAACCUACACACAUUUCAAUACUGCGCUCAAUCUAAAGGGCGUAGGUUCAGUUCUGAGGCUGCAGAGGCAGGAGUUACUGCUGCUCUGCUAAGCUAGGUUAGGUAGAAGUUAGCAGGACUAAUUCAUGUGGUGUUACUUAUUUCCCCAAUAUGAUUUAAUGUUUUUAAGUCUUAUUUAUAGG